AUGUUUUCGAAACAUUUACUCUGUGAUCAUAAUGGUAAUGUUAAUAAACGAAAUCGUUUAAAUCAAACAUCUUUACAUUGUUUAUUACAACCGGGAAAUGAAGUUCGUCGAAAUGAAUGUCUUUUAUUAUUAUUAAAAUGGAAAGAUAAACAAACAAAUGAAACACUUGAUCUUGAUGCUAAAGAUUCUGAUUAUAAUACAGCAUUGCAUUAUGCAGCAAGAAAUGGAUUGAAAUCAUGUGUUGAAAAUCUUUUAAAUGCUGGUGCUGCACUUUAUGUUGAAAAUCGUGAAAAAUUAACACCAUGUGAACUUGCUGAAAAGAAUGGACAUAAAGAUUUGGCUAUUUAUCUUGAAUCACGAAUGAUAUUUAGUAACAGUUCAGAAGAUUUAGAAACUGAUGAAACUCCAUUAACAACUGAUGACGCAUCGUGCGGUUUACGUAUUCAAGAUUUACAAGAAGCAAAAGAUCUGUUACUAGUUGAAACAGCUGAUAUGUUACAAAUACCUUUAUUUACAGCCGAAGCUUUACUUCGAAAUUAUGAAUGGUCAAAAGAAUGUCUUCUUCAAUCAUGGAUUGAAGAUCCUAUACGUUGUUGCGAAAUAUCCGGUGUUAAUCCUCCAUUAAGUCUUCUGCAUGAACGUGGUCUAACGACAAUCGAUAUCAAUGAAUUAGAUACAGUUAAUUUAUCUAAAGAAUGUGCUAUUUGUUUACAAGAAUUUGAAAGUGGUGUUGAAAGAAUUAUUAUAUCAUGUGAUCAUCAAUUUUGUAAAGAUUGUUGGCAACAGUAUUUAACAUUUAAAAUUCUUGAAGGUUCUGUUCAUAGUAUAUUUUGUCCAGCUGUUGAUUGUUUUAAAUUUGUACCGAAUGAAAUUAUUGAAAAAUGUGUUGAUAAUAAUAUGGCAAGACGUUAUUUACAAUUUGAUAUAAAAGCAUUCGUAGAUUCAAAUCCAAAUUUUAAAUGGUGUCCAAAUAGUAAUUGUGUACUUGCUGUGCAAUCGCCAGUAUUUGAUCGUUUACAAUCAUCACAUAUGAGAGAAUUCUCUAAAUCAGUUAAUUGUCGAAAUGGACAUUAUUUCUGUUGGGAUUGUUUACAAGAAGGUCAUGAACCAGCAUCAUGUGAAAAUUGGAAAGAUUGGUUUGAUAAAAUAGCCGAAAUAAAACCUGAAGAAUUGAAAGGAACAGAUGAAGAAGAAGAAAUAGCUGCAAAUUGUUUAUGGCUUGUAACUAAUUCGAAAAAAUGUCCAAAUUGUUCGAUUUCUAUACAAAAAAAUGAAGGUUGCAAUCAUAUAAAAUGUGUUAAAUGUAAAUAUGAUUUCUGUUGGAUAUGUUUGGAACCAUGGAAAAAACAUUCAAGUACAACUGGUGGUUAUUUUCAAUGUAAUCGUUAUGAAACUGUAAAUAAAAUAGUUGCCAAAGAAAAAGAUUUAAUUACAGCUGCUGAACAACGUCAUUUACGUAUGGUUGAAUUAAAUAAAUUUGUUCAUUAUUAUUCACGUUUUAAAAAUCAUGAAAAUUCUUAUAAACUUGAAGAACCGUUAUCAAAAAGUGCCAAAGAAAAAUGUGAAAUAAUUAUUGCUAAAUCAUCUCAACCAAUACCAAUUACAACAGAAAAUGAUGAAAAUAAUAUUGAAUCACAAACAAAAUUUAUUGAUGAUGCUGUUAAUGAAUUAUUACGUGCAAGACGUGUUCUACGUUGUUCAUAUGUUUAUGGUUAUUAUUUGGAAAAUUCUGGUCAUAAAAAAAUGAUAUUUGAAUUUAUUCAAACUGAAUUUGAAGAAUGUACAGAAACAUUAUCACAAAUAAUUGCUCGUCCUCAUUUACGUACACCUAAACAUCGUAUUGUACAUGUAACUAAAAAUGUUAAACGUAAACGUUUAGAAUUUCUUGAAACAAUUGCACGUGGUCUUAUACCACCUGAUACACCACCAAGUUUGAAAAAAUUUUCAAGACAACGUUGGAAAUAUUUACUUAAAGAUGAUGUUGAUGGUGAUGAUAAUGAAUUAAAAAAAGCGAUUGCAAAUUCUCUAAAAGAACUUGAUCCAAAAAAUCCUUGGGUAGUAGAUAGAAAAGGACGACAUACGAAUCUAGUUACAUUACUUGAUGAAUGGCCAGAAUUAGAAAUGGAAAUGGAUUCAGGCCUUAUAUCAUGUGAUGAUGGUGCAUAUUGUAAACGUCGUAAUUGUUACAAACGUCGUGUACGCAAUCCAACAACAUCAAUUCGAUUUGAUUAUUGUUCAUUAAAAUGUUUACGUUUAGAUCGUACGGAACAAUUAGAAAGAGAAGAACAAGAAAUGGAACAAAGUUUAGUACCAUUAUCAGAUCCAGUACCUAACAAUAAUAGUAGUUCUAUGACAGCUAGUAUAUCAACAAAUGAUUCAACACUUGAACAACACAAUACAGAUGAUACAAUAUCACCAACUGUUGUUGUACCAUCUGAUGAUGUUAUGAAUUUACUUCGAGCGAUUGAAAUGAGUCGUUUACAAGCAGUACGUGAAAAUGAACAAAAUAUUUAUCGACCAAAUCAUCGUACUAGUACUAUAAGUGCAACUUUAAAUCCAAAUGAUAAAACAAAUUAUUUCAAUGAUUUACAACAAACAAUUGAAUUAUCUUUACAAACAAAAAAUGAACAAGAAUUAAUAAACGAAGCAACAACUUCUAUUGAAUCUCAAGAUGAUGAAUUUCAAUCAACUGAUGUAGCAGCUGUAGCAGCAGCUAUGCCAAGUUUAGAUUUAUUUAUUGAAGAUAAUACUGCAACACUCAAUUCUAUCAUGAUGAAUUUACAACCAUCUAUAGAAAAAGAUUAUUCAUAUGGAAAUUCAAAAAUUAUGGAUUUCGAUAAUAAAUACAAUGAAUUAAAAGAAAAUUUACAAAAACCAAAUGAAUUAAAAGAAUAUGAAGAUUUCGAUUUAAAAUGUAUUGAAACAUCAUUUCAUCAACAACAAACAGAACUUAAAAGAAAAUUAAGUAAUAAAAGAAAUAAAGAUGCAAUCGUAUUAUUAGGAUCCAAUGAAGUAAGAACAGUUGCUGCAGCUGCUUCUGCAACAGCUAGUUCUCUGAUAAACACAGUCAAUACUCCAUUACAACGAAAACGAGCAAAUAUCGAUAUCGAUAUUCGACCUUGUGGACCAAACGAAAGUUUCGAUAACCAUCGACCAUUUGCAACACAAAAUGACAAUCAACAAUAUGAACAUACUUGGUUUAAUGAAUCUACAUCAUUGUCAACUACUCGUGCCAUCGUUGAACGAUGUCCAAUAACGCCAUCCGAUGAUGAAACUAGUUUUGCCUAA